AUGUCCUGGAAACUUGGAACCGUUGGUGUCCGCAUAGGACGCGGCGCCGCAACCAUCGGUCAGGACGACAAAGCAACCGCAGUCGGUACAAAUGCCGGGACCAUGAACCAGGGGGGCGCCGCCGUGGCUAUUGGCGACCACGCCGGUGCGUACAACCAGGGUCGCAACAGUAUAGCCAUCGGUUCGUCGGCUGGGCGCGAGAACCAGCACGACAACACUAUAAUCAUCAACUCGUCACAUUUGCCACUCAACAGCCGGCAACCAGACUCGACGUUUAUACGUCCUGUACGCGAAUCUACCGGCACACACUCACUCUGGUACAGUCCCACCACCGGCGAAAUGACACACAAUUCUAGCGACGACGUCCCAGGAAGUGAUGGUAACUCGGGCGUCGGCAUUGCGGAUCUUGUAUACGAUCCUGUUAAUGACCGGCUCACUAUUGUCCUGGAGGACGGUACGUCCAUCCCCCAGCAGCUACAGCUACAGGGACCCAUGGGACCCAAGGCACCGAUCGGCCCAAGUGGUCCGGACGGCGUUGGGGUUGAAUUGUUCACUAUCGACGACCAGGGUCGCCUCGUCGGUACACUAACCAACGCGCAGCAGAUUAUUCUGGACGUCAUCGUGGGACCGACUGGUCCUCUGGGUUUGGGCAUUAAAACGAUCGUCGUCAACACAUCCAACGAGCUAGAUGUUGUGUUAACCGACAACCAGACGAAAACGCUGACCGGCCCUACGGGGACGGGUCAGCACGGCACAAGUAUAGUGGACGUGGACGGACAAGCCGGUGUUGAUGGUCUAACAUUUGAGAUGAAUGACGACACGACGAUUAGCCUUGCGCCAUUUAAAGGCUCCAAAGGUCCCGACGGCGCAACUGGACCAACCGGGCCCACGGGACCUGACGGUAGUGCCGGUGGCAGUGGCGGUGUGGGUAGUACCGGGGCCGUGGGUGAUACGGGCGCCAAAGGCACCGAUGGACCGGCUGGACCGAAGGGCCCCCCGGGUACAAGCUCGAUUGCCGGGGCUACGGGGCCAACGGGCCCAACAGGUCCAACGGGUGCGACAGGGACAUUUCUUUCGGUAGGAGCGUGCUUGUCCGACUACAUAGUCUGUAACCCACUUGCACCACUCAAGUGGGAAACCGGGAGUACGUUAGGGGAAACAACAGCGAUCAAAAUUGGGUGCAACGCUGGACUCACGGGACAGAGUCCCAACAGUGUUGCUAUAGGUACGGACGCGGGUUCGUUAAACUCCGGACAGCGGGCCGGUACUACAGUAGGGUCGGCAGUGGCGAUUGGUUACAAAGCAGGAGAGAAAAAUGCUGAGGAAGAGACCGUUGCCGUAGGAAGUCAUGCGGGCAGUGAGGGCCUGCCGGCGAGGUCCGUGGCAGUCGGUUAUAACACAAUGAAUAACGGUUCGGGUAUUGCGAUUGGAGCAGGGGCUAUGUCGGAUUCGGGGUCUAGAAACAACACCAACAUUGUCGCCAUAGGGUAUGACGCGGCGAAAUCCGGCAUUGGGUCCGAAUCUGUCGCCGUUGGGUAUGCGGCGGCAAAAAACUCAAAUGGCGUGAUUAUGCCGUUUGCAUCGGGGCUGGUGCAGGGUAUGGAUCUGCUGCUCCUGGGAGUAUAA